UUAGUUAGUUUAAAGUGUUUGCUCACUUUAAGAAACUAUUCAAAGGUUACUCUCACUCGAGCUUAGAAACUGUCUUUCUGACUCGGCAUCUUUGCCUAAAAGCUUGACCAGAACUUGUAGGGUAUCCGAUGAAUUGUAUAGUGACAAUCUGGGGUCAAUAGUUUCGAGUAGCUGAGCUGUGAAGUCAACUGAGAACCCGCGUACUUACUUUGAUUUUUCUUUCCUUUUCCAUUCGUUAAACGUCUUAUUCUCUUCACUAUCUUCUUCUCUACAAUUCUCUGCUUCUGCUUCCUUCCAAUUCUCUGCAAAGAUCCCAUCAUGGCUGUGGAGUACAUUGGAGGAUCAAUUCUCUCUGCUGUCAUUGAGGUUCUGGGCGAGAAGCUGACCACCCCUGAGAUUCUGGGCUUCUUCAAAAGCCACAAGCUCAAUGAUGGUCUUCUGGGAAAGUUGAAAGAAGCACUGAAUACUCUCAACGGACUUCUCGACGACGCGGAGGAGAAGCAGAUCACCAAGCCUGCUGUGCAGAGGUGGCUUAAUGAUGCUAGACAUGCUGUGUAUGAAGCUGAGGACUUAAUGGAGGUGAUUGAAUAUGAACAUCUACGAUCCAAGGAUAUUAAAGCUGCCUCUCGACGUGUGAAGAAUCUGGUAAGGAAUUUGUUUCCAAUUCUUAAUCCAGCCAAUAAAAGGAUGAAAGAGAUUGAAGCAGAGUUACAAAAGAUCUAUUAGAAGCUUGAACGUUUAGUUAAACACAAGGGUGAUCUGCGCCACAUAGAAGGUAAUGGUGGAGGGAGACCACUGUCAGAGAAAACAACUCCAAUGGUUGAUGAAUCUCAUGUAUAUGGAAGGGAAGCUGAUAAGGAAGCCAUAAUGGAGCCCUUGUUGACA